AUGACUGUAAAAGUUUCUAUCAAUACCCAAGAGGCUGCUGUUGGUACUCUUUUGGUUACGGAGUAUUUCAAAACUGAAGCAACAGCAGUGCAAUGUGAUGUUGAUUUGAAUGAUACAAAUGCCAUCAAUGUUGACAGUGAUUUCUCAUUUAACAGUGAUGCCUCUAUGAGCCGAUAUUUGGUACGAUUGGGCUCCAGUCCCUUGUAUGGUUCGACUGUGCUUGAAAAAACUGAGAUAGACUUUUGGAUGGAUUUUGCUAUGACUCAACUUAGCAACAAUUCUGAUUUUAAUGAUGCUGUCCAUUACUUACACAAAGUUCUGGAACCAAUCACCUAUCUUGUUGGACACCAACUGACCUUGGCUGACUUCUUUAUUUGGAAACAAAUGCAUUAUACCAGUGAAUGGCAGAAGAUGUUGCAAGUGGGAACUGCUCCUGGUAAUACAGUGCGUUACUACAAUUUCCUCACUGCUCAGCCAAUCUUUCAAACUGUGAUAGGCAUGCUGCCCAAGGUUGAAAUCAGUGAAACUCAAAAAUCAAUUCCUAAAGAAGAAGGAAAGUUUGUGGAACUGCCUGGUGCCAAGAAGGGAGAGAUGGUUGUCAGGUUUCCUCCUGAAGCAAGUGGGUAUCUUCAUGUUGGACAUGCCAAAGCUGCCUUGCUCAAUCAACAUUACCAAAAAUUGUUUGAGGGCAAACUGAUCAUGAGAUUUGAUGACACUAAUCCUGCAAAAGAGAAUGAAAUAUUUGAACAAGUGAUUCUUCAGGAUUUGAAAUUACUUGGAGUUGAAUAUGAUGUGCUGUCAUAUUCUUCUAACCAUUUUGAGGCAUUGCUAAAAUUGUGUGAAUGCCUGAUCAAGAAGGGUUUGGCCUACGCCGAUGAAACUGACCCCGAAGUAAUGAAGCAAGAAAGAGAGGAACGUAAAGAGUCCAAAUACAGAAAUCAAAGUGAAGCCGAGAAUUUGAAAAUGUGGGAGGAAAUGAAAGCUGGCACUGAAUAUGGCCAGAGAUGUUGUAUUCGAGCAAAAAUUGACAUGAACUCUGACAACGGAUGCAUGCGAGAUCCUACACUUUACCGUUGCAAACCUGAACCUCAUAUCAGAACUGGAACUAAAUAUAAAGUCUAUCCAACCUAUGAUUUUGCUUGUCCAAUUGUUGACAGUAUCGAAGGUGUCACUCAUGCAUUGAGAACCACAGAAUAUCAUGACAGGGAUGAACAGUAUUUUUGGCUUUUGGAGAAGUUAGACCUGCGCAAACCCUACCUCCAUGAGUACAGCCGUCUGAAUCUACAAAAUACAGUAUUGUCAAAACGCAAACUCACCUGGUUUGUCGAUCAAGGACUUGUUGAUGGAUGGGAUGAUCCCCGUUUCCCAACUGUCCGAGGCGUGCUGAGAAGAGGAAUGACAGUUGAAGGCCUGAAGCAAUUCAUUGUUGCACAGGGAUCAUCACGAUCAGUUGUCAUGAUGGAGUGGGAUAAAAUCUGGGCUGUUAAUAAAAAGAUCAUUGAUCCGAUUGUUCCGCGAUACACUGCUUUGACUACAGAUGUAAUAAUCCCAUUGACAGUAAAAGAUGCCCAGCUCUCGUCACGAGAAGUCCCGAAACAUCCAAAGAAUGAUGAAGUUGGUAUGAAAACAGUUUGGUAUGGCCCCAAAAUCCUUAUUGAAAAAGGAGAUGCUGAGUAUGCAAAAUUAAACUUACUUUCUUUCCUUUUUCUUCUUUCUUUCCUUUUUCUUCUUUCUUUUUCCUUUUUUUUUUCUUUUCUUUUUCCUUUUUUUUUUCUUCUUUCUUUCCUUUUUUUCUUCUUUCUUUCUUUCUUUUUUCUUCUUUCUUUCCUUUUUCUUCUUUUUUCUUUUCCUUUUUCUUCUUUCUUUUUUCCUUUUUCUUCUUUCUUUCCUUUUUUCUCUUUUCCUUUUCUUCUUUCCUUUUUUUUUUCUUUCUUUCCUUUUUUUUCUUCUUUUCUUUCCUUUUUUUUUCUUCUUUCUUUCCUUUUUUUUCUUUCUUUCCUUUUUUUUCUUUUCUUUCCCUUUUCUUUCUUUUCUUUCCUUUUCUUUCUUUCCUUUUCUUUCUUUCCUUUUCUUUCUUUCCUUUUCUUUCUUCUUUCCUUUUCUUUCUUCUUUUCCUUUUCUUUUCUUCUUCCUUUUCUUUCUUCUUUUUUUCUUUUUUUUUUCUUUUCUUUCUUUCCUUUUUUUCUUCUUCUUUCUUUCCUUCCUUUUCCUUUUCUUUCUUUUCUUUUUUGUUCUUUUUCUUUUCUUUCUUUUCUUUUCAUAACUGACUGUCAAAAUGCCUCUGGUGCCAUAACCAACAUUGUGGCGUCAUUGAAUCUUGAAAAUACUGAUUACAAAAAGACCCAAAAGGUAACAUGGCUGACAGAUACUUCUGAAUGUCCACUUGUGCCUGUUACUGCAUUUACUUUUGAUCACAUCAUCAGCAAAGCAGUUCUUGGUAAAGAAGAAGACUUUAAACAAUAUGUCAACAAGGAAUCCAAGAGUAAAGAGAAAAUGUUGGGAGAUCCUUCUUUGGCCAACCUCCGCAAAGGAGACAUCAUUCAGUUGCAGCGGAAAGGAUUUUUUAUCUGUGACCAGCCAUACGAACCUGUCAGCCGUUACACAGGUUUGGAAUGUCCUUGUAUUCUGUUUUACAUUCCUGAUGGUCAUCAGAAAGAAAUGCCCAAAUGUGGCUCCAAAUUCAAGCAGGAAGGCUCAAGCAAAGAUAUGAGUGCCAAAGAGAAAGCCCAGAGCAAGAAAGGAAAAUCUGCUGAAAAAUCUCCCCAGGAAGAAAAUCUACCUGCAAUGUUGUCCAAGGAAGCUUUAGAUCUUUCUGCAAAGAUCCAGCAACAGGGAGAUAUCGUUCGAAAGCUCAAGAGUGACAAAAUGCCGAAGGACCAGAUAGAUGCAGCUGUAAAGACCUUAUUGGACCUGAAAGCCCAGUUUAAAGCUACCAGUGGUUUUGAUUGGAAACCUGAUUUUGCUAAAAUGAAAACACUUGAAAAAACGUCCCCAGUUGCUUCUGAUCCCAAACAAACUGAACUGAAUGACAAAAUUAUUACGCAAGGGAACAAAAUAAGGCAGUUGAAAGCUGAUAAAGCAGCAAAGGAUGAAAUUGAUGGCCAGGUGAAAGUUUUGCUUUCUCUUAAAGCCGAAUUUAAGAAUCUCCUUGGUUUUGACUGGAAACCUGGAUUUAUGCCAUCAAAUACGAAUGCUGAAAAAAAUCCUGGUGGUUCAGCUGCAGAAGAACUGAAUAGUAAAAUUUUGGCACAAGGAGACAAAGUUCGCAAAUUGAAAGCAGAUAAAGCUGCCAAGGAUCAAAUUGAGGCCGAAGUGAAAAUUUUACUCUCCUUGAAAGGGGAAUAUAAAAGUGUGACUGGUAUUGAAUGGAAACCUCCAGCUGCUGGUAGCAAACCCUCUGCUUCCCAAAAGGCUAAAUCUCCUCCGAGCAAGAUGGCCGACGCUCCUGCUGCUUGCACCAAUCCUGCAGCUGAAGAAUUGAACAAUAAAAUCACUGUGCAAGGCAACAAAAUCAGGGAACUCAAAGCAAACAAGGCAGCUAAAGUAAGCAAACUAUUUUUAUUUACUGACAUGUUUUUUCUUUCCUCUAUCUUUUCUUCCUUUCCUCUUGGCCUUUUUUUCUUCUUCUUUCUUUCUUUCUUUUCUUCUUUCUUUCUUUUCUUCUUUCUUUCUUUUCUUCUUUCUUUCUUUUCUUCUUUCUUUCUUUUCUUCUUUUUUUUUUCUUCUUUCUUUCUUUUUUUCUUUCUUUUCUUUUCUUUUCUUUCUUUCUUUUCUUCUUUCUUUCUUUUCUUCUUUCUUUCUUUUCUUCUUUCUUUCUUCUUUCUUUCUUUUCUUUUCUUUUCUUCUUUCUUUCUUCUUUCUUUUCUUUUUCUUUCUUUCUUUCUUUUCUUUCUUUUUUUUUUCUUUUUCUUUUCUUUUUUCUUUUCUUUUCUUUCUUUUUUCUUUCUUUCUUUCUUCUUUCUUUCUUUUCUUUCUUUCUUUUUCUUUUCUUUUUUCCUUUCUUUUUUUUUUUCUUUCUUUUUUUCUUUCUUUUUUUUUUCUUUCUUUUUUUUUUUUCUUUUUUCUUUCUUUUUUUUUUUUCUCUUUUUUUUUUCUUUUUUUUUUUUUUCUUUCUUUUCUUUCUUUCUUUUUUUUUCUUUCUUUUUUCUUUCUUUCUUUUUUCUUUCUUUCUUUUUCUUUCUUUCUUUCUUUUCUUUCUUUUUUCUUUUCUUUCUUUCUUUUCUUUUCUUUCUUUCUUUUUUUUCUUUUUUUUCUUUCUUUUUUUUCUUUUUUCUUUUUUUCUUUUUUUCUUUUUUCUUUCUUUCUUUUUUUUCUUUUUUUUUUUUUUCUUUUCUUUUUUUCUUUCUUUUUUUUUUCUUUCUUUCUUUUUUCCUUUUUUUUAAGGAUUUUAUUUCCCUCUGCCUUUUAGGUUCAUGCUCUCUGCUUUGCAACACUUCAGUUAUUGCAUUAUCUACUACUAGUUGUAUAGUCAAUUAG